AUGGCGGCGUACGUCAACCAUAUUAUUGAAACGGCGCAGAGGUUGCGCGGGACAGGCUUCAAUAUAGAUGAAGAAUGGAUCGGUUCUUUGCUCUUAGCAGAAGAAGUAUCUACUUCAGUGGGGGCAGGUGAGGCUUCAGGCACUAAUGAGCAUUCCCCAGACACCAGUGUGCAGGACAAGUCAGAGUUGGAGUCUGAGAAGAGUUUUGAAGACUAUGAAGGUGGCAGCAGGGACAGCUCGAAAGACAGUGACACGGAAUAUGUUCCUACAAGUAAGAUGGUCGAGCAGAGGGUUCCAGAGCCAUGGUCUUCAAAAAGGCAGCCCAAACCCAACGUGUUGGAGGAUUAUGUCACAUACCUGUAUGUUGAAGACCAGGGACUUGGAGAUCCGGCUACAGUGGAGGAGGCUAUGACCAGGCCAGAUGCAAAGAUGUGGAAAGAGGCUAUGCAAGAUGAAAUCCAAAGCUUUGAGGAGGAUGAAACCUGGGAAAUGUCAGAGUGGUCUGCUGAUAGUUCGGUAGUGAAAAAUAAGUGGGUGUUUAAAAAGAAAGUCAAUUGUGAGGGUGAGGCUCGUCUAAAUCAGCUAAUGUUAGAGUGUUUCGAAGAAAGCGAUCGUGAGCCGGAGAUCCAAUACGAUGAUGAGGAAGAGUCUGGAGAAGAAGAUCAUGUAGAAAGACAGGAUCUCGACAGUGACACUGACCAAGAAAUAUCGGACGUGGAACAAGAAGAAGAAGAAGAAGAAGACGAUGAUGAUAAUUUGGAAAUGCAGCCUACCUUUGUUGGUGGCGAAGGCAGUUAA